GGGCCCCCCGGGCCCCGCCCCUCCCCGCCCCUGUCCCGGCGGGCAGCGCGGCUGAAAGAUGGCGGCCGCCAUGAAGGCGGGCCUGGGUCGGCUGGGCCUGCGGGUGUGUUGGCAGGCUGCGGAGUCUGUGCUCCGUCCUGCUGGAGCAGCUUCGGCCUGUCUUGUUGUCCCAGUGAGAACGAAGAAGCGAUAUUUUGUCCCCGAAUGGGCCAGAGAACCGUCCCCUAAAGCGAAAGAGAAGAGACUCAAGGCUUUGGCGAAAGUACUUCCUGAGGAACGUGUAGAACGGACUUUCUACCUGGCUUCCACAGCUGAUAUUAUAGACCCGUACAUCCCUCCUGAGGGCGAUGCCCGCUUGACCUCCCUAUCCAAAGAUGGGCUUAAGCAAAAGAUGGAGAAGAUGAAGCAGACCGCUGUCUCCCAGCUAGCUCUGCGGAAGAUAAAAGAUCAUGAUCCAGAUUUCAGCACUAAAACCUUCCCAGAGAAGGCACAGGAGAUAUUUAUUGAAGCUCACAAUUGCCUGGCAAAUUUUAACAAGCAGAAACUUCACUCCCUGGUGACAGAGCGCUGCUACCCAGAAAUGGUCCGUGGGAACAGGUACAAGACCAUCCGGUGGAGUUUUGUGGAGUCACUGGAGCCUCCAAGGGUGGUUCAUAUUCGAUGUGACAGCAUCGUGAAUCGAGGCAACCUGUACGGCCAGGUGACAGUGCGGAUGCACACGCGGCAGAUUUUGGCAAUCUAUGACCGCUUUGGGCGGCUGAUGUAUGGUGGGGAGCAGGUGCCCAAGGACGUUUUGGAGUAUGUCGUGUUUGAGAAAUACUUGGUCAACCCAUACGGCACAUGGAGGAUGCACGGCAAGAUUGUUCCGGAGUGGGCUCCACCGAAGGGCCCCAUUAUUAAGACGGUGAUGAUUCCUGGCCCAACCUUGAAUCCCUCACAAGAGUAUGAAGAAAUGAAGUGAGAAUUGCCAGAGCCUGUGCAGACAGCCUCGAGUGAAGAAGUGGAGAAUGUCUGCGGAGGUAGCGGGUUGGAUACGGCUGUGCCUUUCCAGUGAGCAGUCAACAAAUGAAGUGGCUUCAGAAAUGAAUUCAAGUCCCUGAGAAGUUGUCGUUAAAGGAGCAAGAGGGGCUUGGAAGGGGAGUUCAGAGCUCUGGGAAGAGCUUUACUCUGUCCAAGAAGACUUAGUGUGCUGCAGCUUAACUCCCUUGUUUCUGUAAAGACAAGAAGUCUGUUCUCUUUGGGACUGCUCUCUAGGCUAACCUCUGUCCUGAACUUGCAUUGUGCGAGCCCUUGGCAGCAGAAGUCUGUCCAGACAUAAAAUAUUUGGCACUUCCAUGGGAAAUGCCAGAGACCUGGUGGGCUUUCGUUAAAACUUGCAGCAGUAGGUGUUGGCACUUUCUUUUCCUGUCCUCUUUCCCUCUUUGUACUGAUUCCCAGGCUUCUUUUUUUUUAAACAGAAAAAAGGGAAGAGCAACCAGCACACUUUAAAUCAAAUUCUCUUGGGUGGGAACUGCAAUUGGACUCCUGCUGAAUGGGUGCUUGUUAGUGGCCAUGCUCCCCAAAGGGGCUGCAGCACAGCACCAAUAAUUCAAUAAUAAAACGUUUACUCCUAA